AUGACUGGCCAUUACGACCUGAGAUCGCAGGGCCAAGAGCCGAGCCCGUAUGCGACCUUGCCAGGCACCUCACCAGCAGGCUUCGUGCAACAUAACAUGACGGCCAUGAAAUCCAACUUGGCACCCGGCAGGGAAAUUGCUGGCUGCAAUCCGAGCCGAUGGGUUUACGAGCUGUUGAACAACAAUUUCACCGUCUGCGACCUGUUCGAGCGAGCCCGACACGCCAAGCUGCAGAGCACAUAUACAUGGGAUCAUCCUCACAAGCUGGUGAUGAAUGGAAACCAAAGCUUCUCCACACCUUCGUCUCGGAUACUGUCAUCGAUAUGCCUCGACUGCCACUUCCACUUUGUCUUCAAGAUGACCUGGGAUGUAACCCACAACUAUGGGCUGUGCGACCAAAACCAGUCGUCUUGGCCCCUCCGCGACAAUCAAUUUCCGUGGCAUCACUUGGUAUGGGUGGGAUCUGCAUCAGACCAAGACAUAGCCCAAGAUAAUACCAAGCACUGCCCUCUGCUGGCCCGAGAGCACUUUGUAUGCUCUGCUCCUCCAUGCACCUUUCAGGUCACUCUGGAAGUCUCGGAACCGAGAAUGCCACAGGCCUGGGUGAAGUUAUUGUUGGACCGGGAGGCUAUCUGCGAGCAGCUUAGGGUGGCCAAAGAGCAAGAACCAAGCCGAUAUGAAGGCGCAACCGACGAGUGGGCAUAUCAGGCCACCCUGAAUUUGAACACGUAUCUUAAGAACUUGCUAGAAAGCAGCCCAGAGGACGCAAGAAGCAUAUCAAAAAGGAAUAAGCGGUUUGCCGUUCUAUUCGGCCCCCGGUGCUUUGACAUGUUUCGCCAGUUGGAAUUCACGGAGAAAGUGGACGUCAGAGAUGGCGUUGACGAAGGUUCCUUUACGCCAUCACCGCCUCCCCCUGCUGGUGGGCCGACCGGCGUGACUGAAAUAGGAACCUAUCGAUCCUACUUGGAGGAUGUGCGUGCCGAAGUGCAAUGUCUGAUUCACAAGGCAGGCCAGGCAGCAGAAAAGCCCACAAUCAUCACGCCAGUCUUGCACGCGGACUUGGGCUGCCAGGAAGUGCCAAAUGCUGCAACCAAUGCGUUGGUCAACGUUGAGCGGUAUAAACUGAUCGGAGUGCUUCCUAAUCAAUCCCGAGAAGCUGUAGUCAACGCUUAUAAACGCCAAUGGGACCUGUUACCCAACCGCAGAAGGGCCUUGGUGGACGCCAUUAUGGGCAUUGCAAACGAUACUGGCGACGAAUUGCUUUCAGACUAUGCCAUUACUCAAUCCUCGGUAUUCGAUAACCAAGCACACAUACCCGCGACUAACGAUGACGACGGCCUCGUUCCUCAAGCACUCAAUUUCUUAAGUCUGCAGCCGCCCAACAACUACAGCGCGGAUUCUUUGAUUCAAGCAUUCAGACAGAAGCUUGCGCGGGACCCGGCAGAUGCUACGACGGCAAGAUCUAUGCUGCUCCUCAUUGCUCAGAACUCUAACGACGAUAUAUACCAAGCACAGUUGUUAAUGGAGGCUGAUGCGAAGAUGUCCCUGGAAACUAGCAGAACAAUCUUAGACCUCAAGAACACAGACGCACCUUGGGAAACUGUUUAUGAAGCAACGAAGAAGAAGAUUGAAGCAAGCAAGAGCAAAGAAGCCACACAAGUUUACCUAGACGCCUUAGAAGCAAUUGCAGAUCAUACUUCUUCACCCGCACUCAAACAAGCCGCAAUGGAACUUCGACAAGAAAAUGGAAUAUAUGGCGUCAAAGCUAAGGACGAUAAUGCACCAGUCAACUAUGCCCUGCCGGUUGGGUUACACAAUAUUGGGAAUACUUGCUAUCUGAACAGUUUGUUGCAAUAUCUCUUUACAGUCAAGCCAGUUCGAGACAUCGUCUUGAAUUAUGACGAUGUCAAGCUGGCCCUUGACGACGAAAGCAUUAAAUCUCGACUUCUUGGCGGCAACAAGAUGCAGAUGGAUCGUGGCGAGGCUGUCGUCGCACAGGCGUUUGCAAAGGAGCUAUCUGAGCUCUUCCAAAAUCUCAAAGCCGCAAAACAAUCCGCAACUAAACCAUCUCAGCGCUUAGCUAAUGCUGUGUUGUUAUCAACACAUACUCUGCUUCAUAAUCCCAAACAGUCAUCUGAACAGCCCAUCGGGCCGCAACCUCCACCUUUGCCUGCUCGGCCAUCCCCAGCGCCACCAGCUCAGGCUGCGGAGGACGUUGACAUGGCUAAUGUCAGUGUAACAGAUGUCCCAGAUGUCUCAGAGAUGGCCAGCACUUCUAGUUCGAGGACACUUGUCGACCAAGAGGACGCACGUUCGGAUCAUUCGUAUGAGAAGGUAGAAACGGUCCAAGGCUCUGGUCAACCGGCUGGUGUUACGGAUGUCACAACUAGCAAGGACAAUAACACGCAGGAAGCGGACAAGUCCACCGAAAUUCCUACACAAGCUAAAGACACAGAAGCAGCGAUCGCUGUCCCCAAGGACGCUGUGGGGGGUAGCCAAGACGUAGAUAUGGCAGAUGCAGUUGAGCCUGAAACUGUUGAUCAGAAAGUUCUGAAUGCUCUUGAGCAUCAGAAGCGGUCAUCCGGCACUGACCAGCAAGACGUUGAAGAAGUCAUGGGCAGUAUCAUCAAUCGCCUACAAGCUGCAAUCCAGCCCACAUCGGUGGACCAGAAGACCGGCAUCCAGCUUGAAAAUAUUAUGGAGACUUUUUUCGUGACGACAGUCAACUACACCAAGAAGUUUGACGAAAACAAAUACCAGUCGGAAAUCAGCUUCGAUCGUUCCAUCACCGCAUUUCCCGCCCCGGAUGGGCCAUGUUCGCUAUAUGACGCACUGGGCCGCAACUUUGAUCAGCAGAUCCUGGAGGAGAGCAAGCUCUCGAGGUACACCGCUAUCAAAACUCUGCCUCCGGUGUUGCACAUUCUCAUUCAGCGAUCGCAGUCCAUGGGAAGCAAGAAUGGCAACGCUGUCGUCAUUCCAGAAACUCUUUACUUGGACAGAUAUAUGGAUGCUCCACACGAAUCGCCAGUGUUUCGGCGGCGCGUGGAAGACUGGGCGUUGUCUGAUCGUAUAUCUGACCUUAGGUCACAAAUCGCAAAGGUUGACUCCAACCCGAAUUAUAUAUCAUAUCUGGAGAGGUAUUCGGCGGGAACUCUAGACACAAAUGAGGCGAGUGGAACAACAAACGCGGGCCAGAUUAAUGGCGACGCUCCAGAAAUUGUUUCCGCUCCAGAAGAGAACUGGGACUUUGAUGGUCCCGUGGAGGAAGAUUUCCUGCUUGUGACCCCAUCAACUUCAGCUAGUUCUGAGCAGCCUACAACUCACGAACCAAAGGCGUUAAAUAUCCGGGAAACCGAUAGCACAAUUCGUCAAAUGAUGGAAGCUGAGCUACAACAGCGAGAGCAGACUCUCAAAGAACACCAAGGGAGCCUCGAUGGAACGCCAUACCGUCUUCAUGCCGUCAUUUGCCAUCGAGGACACUUGAUGUCUGGUCACUAUUGGGUAUGGAUACACGACUUUGAGGAGAGUACAUGGAGAUGGUACAAUGAUGCCGACGUCAAAGAGAACAAGAACACUGCGGAAGUUCUCGAGACCCUCAGCACUAGCGGUGAACCGUACUUCUUGUGCUAUGUCCGUGACGGAGACAAGGACGACUACGUCAAUGUCCCAAAACGACAGCCGCCAACACCCCCCUCAGAACCACAGGAUACCCCAGCAUCGGAAAUGGUGACGGACAAGGACGGAGAUAUUGACGCCGUUGCCGAAGUGGUUGCACCCGUGAUCGAAGGAAUCGAGCCAGUGAAUCAAGGAAUUAGCCCGAAGCGUGGCAACGGAAGUGACGAGACUCAAAGGAUGCAGGAGUAG